GUUUAGUCUUGAACAUGGACAGUUCUAAGGAACUGGCAUACACAGACCUGGAUUGGGCAAUCGGGAUAAAUCGGAUUUCUCUGAAGAUCCUCGGCCUGUGGCCAGACGAAAAGUUAAGUCGUCGGCAAAAAUUUUUGGCCGAUUUCCGCGCUUUCGUUAUAUUCACCACGAUGUUUUGGGUAUCGGUCUUACCGGGAUUACUAGCGCUGUUGAGAGUCUGGGGCGACAUGCUGGCGAUGACGGACAAUAUGCAAAUCGGCCUGCCCUUCUCAAUAACCGUCAUGAAAUUUGUCAUCAUGUGGUUACGCAAGAAAGAGCUUGAACCCAUCGUAAGCAUGAUCGUGGAGGAUUGGCUUAGGACGAAAACGACGCAAGAACGAGAUACCAUGAUAAGGCAAGCGAGAUUCGCUAGAAUGAUGGUCGUGUUCGGAUGUGUCAUGAUGAGCUUCGCGUCUGCCAUUCUCAUCAUUCCACCUAUCUUUGGAUAUACAACGAGGUAUCUGACAAAUUUGACAGAUCCGGGAAGACCGAUGCUGGUACAAACAUAUUAUUUGAGAGACAUUACGGAGACCCCGUACUACGAAAUCGUGAUCGCCGCGCAAGCUUCAACGAUCUUGGUGGCCGCGAUUUCUUACACGGGCAUCGAUACCUUUCUAGGUUUGCUCGUUUUUCACAUAUGCGCCCAAUUGGAAAUCCUCAAAGAGCGAAUGAUCAAUUUGGACAAUUUCAAAGACUUCAGUACUGGAUUAGCCUUCACUAUCAAGGACCACCUGCGUCUUAUUAGGUCUGUUGAUGUCAUCGACAACACGUUCAACUUGAUGCUUCUGGCAUUAUUAGUGUAUUUCGCUAUGUUAUUUUGCCUACAGGGAUUUCUAAUAGUUACCAUCAUUGACGGAGACGCCGGCGAAGUUUCCUUUAUGCGAAUAUGUUGGCUCGUUUCGAUUCUCAUUAAUACAUUCGCUCACAUGUGCCUAUACUGCGUGGUCGGGGAGAUUCUUAUAGCCAAAGCCGAGGCAAUAUUUUAUGCAGUAUAUAACUACACGUGGUACUUGAGGACGCCGAAUGAAGCCAAAAAAUUGAUGAUGAUAAUGAUGCGUGCCGAGAAACCUCUAUACAUUACCGCGGGCAAGAUGUUUCCCAUGACACUAUCUUUGUUUUGCAGUUUAAUAAAAACGUCAGCUGGUUACAUAUCCGUACUGCUCGCUAAUCGAUAAUUUCCCAACAAAUCGAUUUAAAAUUCAACAAGGACGAGAAAAAAGAGGAAGCUAUCUAAGUGAACAAUGAGUAAUCUCUAUUUAUGAAUUACAAAAAGUAAUAAAAAAGAAUUAUAA